CUUUUCCGCUUGGAGAGUGUGGUCGAGGCAAGGAGCGGAGCUACCGUGGCCAUGAGUGUCCCGGCUUUUAUCGAUAUCACGGAGGAAGAUCAGGCUGCAGAACUUAGAGCUUACCUAAAAUCCAAGGGAGCAGAGAUCUCUGAAGAGAAUUCAGAAGGUGGACUUCAUAUUGAUUUAGCUCAGAUCAUUGAAGCCUGUGAUGUGUGCCUAAAAGAAGAUGACAAAGAUGUUGAAAGCGUGAUGAACAGUGUAGUAUCUUUGCUUCUUAUUCUGGAACCUGACAAACAAGAGGCUUUGAUUGAAAGUCUGUGUGAGAAACUAGUCAAAUUUCGGGAAGGUGAACGCCCAUCACUCAGGCUUCAGCUGUUGAGUAACCUCUUCCAUGGAAUGGACAAAAAUACCCCUGCAAGGUAUACAGUCUACUGCAGCCUUCUUAAAGUAGCUUCCACCUGUGGUGCUAUACAGUACAUUCCAACUGAACUGGAGCAGGUUCGAAAAUGGAUUUCAGAUUGGAAUCUUAACACGGAGAAAAAGCAUACUCUUCUUAGACUGCUAUAUGAUGUAUUAGUGGACUGCAAGAAGAGUGACAGUGCAGCAAAAGUCAUGGUAGAAUUGCUGGGAAGUUACACAGAAGAUAAUGCAUCUCAGGCUAGAGUUGAUGCUCACAGGUGCAUUGUCCGUGCAUUAAAGGAUCCAACUACUUUUCUUUUUGAUCAUCUUCUUGCCUUAAAGCCAGUCAAAUUUUUGGAAGGAGAACUUAUCCAUGAUCUUUUGACCAUUUUUGUAAGUGCCAAGUUAGCAUCCUAUGUCCGUUUUUAUCAGAACAACAAGGACUUCAUUGACUCUCUUGGUUUGUUGCAUGAACAGAACAUGGCAAAAAUGAGAUUGCUUACAUUUAUGGGAAUGGCAGUAGAAAAUAAGGAGAUCUCAUUUGACACUAUGCAGCAGGAACUUCAGAUAGGAGCUGAUGAUGUGGAAGCAUUUGUUAUUGAUGCUGUGAAAACAAAGAUGGUGCAUUGCAAAAUUGAUCAAACCCAGAGAAAAGUAAUGGUCAGUCACAGCACACAUCGGACCUUUGGAAAACAGCAGUGGCAGCAGUUAUAUGAUACGCUGAACUUCUGGAAACAAAAUUUGAAUCAAGUGAAAAACAGUCUUCUUAGUUUGUCAGAUACUUGAUUCUUUACUGUUAAGUUUAUCUCAGCUAAAAUUUGACAAUAAUAAACCAUUCAACUUAA